ACGGCCGCGCCACGUGUGGCGUAGGUGGGGGGGCAUAGCAGGGACGCAUCCAUCCCUCACUACUCAGCAAUACACACAGUCCACUCAUAGCAUCAGCUCACCACUACACAGAGUUCAUUCAAAGCAAGCUCACCCCUUCGUGCAUAGCAUCAGCUCACCACUUCACACAGUCGUGCAUAGCAGCAUCUCACCACUGCACGCGGCCGAGCACCAACCAAAUUGGGCACACACCACACGCUGCAAACUCUGCAAACGAGGCGAAGAGAGAGACACUGCGGAGACCCCCGCAGGCCGACAUCUGGAGGACUUUGACGGCCGCUCUGAGCUUCAAAACUGGAAAAGAAAAACAUAACAUAAAGUGACCCUACGGAAAGUUGAGAGUUCGCUGCCUCUCGAGCCGGGAAAGUCUUCGCCGGGUCCAUCGCCCGAGGGCCGUGGCCAUGGUCGGCUUGACGGACGCCGCGGCUUUCGGACACUUCUACACGUUCUUCUCGAAGAACAUGACGCGGUCGUUGCUGCUGCUCUUCGACCUGGCGUGGAAGUUCCGCCACAGGUUCCCCUACAUGUACUUCGUGGCGUCCAUGGUGAUGAACGUGCGGCUGCAGGUACACAUUGAAAUCAACCCACAUUAAAGAAAACCUUGGAGUUGAAGAUGUUUUAUGUAAACUGGACAAAAACACUCGUCAUAAGAUGCUCCGUUUCGGAUUUAGUUCAGGACCUUCAUAGGCAAGACGUUUGAUAUAAGAAGAAUUACCUACAAUGCAAUCCGUUCUGCAAACAAUGCAAUUGCAAAACACAAACAGUCAUAUUUAAAACAAUGAUUGUACCAAACCAACUGUUAUAAGUUAUGACUGGUUUGGUUUUUGCACAUCAAAUAUAAAUAAACUGUUUACACUCAAAACAGCAGGGCAGUUAUUAUUAUUUGGAGCCUUGUAUUGCUCACAAAAUGCAUUUGUGCUCAAAUUGGUAUGCCAAGGAGUUAUUUUGGCACGCAAUCUUUCGUGAUUUUUGAAUCUUAAGACACUGCUGUUGCUGUCAUCAGAACCUGCCUCAUUUUAGUAUAUUGGGAAAUUAUUGGAUUUCUCGGUACAGAAAUUGGUAACACGUUACACUGUUUACGUUUCACACCAGUAAAACAUUGUGAGGUAUGUGGUCUUCUCUGUAAGUUGACCCAUUCAGGGUAGCAUAUUUUACGAGUAGGAUAAGUUAAGUUGUGUAAUGUCUGUAAAGUGAAUGCACUUGUACAAAAGGACAUGUUAUGGGAUAGAAUGAUGGUGCUACUGCAUUGUUGCAUUUAUUGCUAAAGGUGUUAUUUAUAGGAAUGUAUAGAAAUAUAAAUAACUAUUAUUUAGCAUCUCCCCUGUCCAUCGUGUCCUUCAACAUUUGGAUUAUAAUCAACAUUAUAUUGCCUGACAUACACACUUAAAAUGUUUUGUUCAGAAUUUUGCAAAACACCUGUUUUAAAUUCUGUAAAAGCAAGCCUUUUUAUGACUUAGAGAAUUUCGAAACGUCUGUCAGAGUUUAGAUUUUCACGUGCUACAGCAUGCCCCUUAUGCAUAAAAAAAAAUUAGGAAUGUCGUUUUUCAAAAAUGUUUUAUUGGUAAUUGAAUAACCAUCUUACUGUGGUUUAUAAAAAAAAAACGCAUUUCAAUUGGUGGUUGACGUUCAAAGUGGACUGCAGCCCUCAAAUGAAUAGUGCCACCCCCCGUGAUAUGUGGAUCAAAGAAACUACCGUACUCGAGAUGCUGGUAUGGCAGCAAGAGAAGUUUAUGUGAAUGCUGUUGCAAGAGGUCACACGUUUGGCCCAACGGUCCUGUGCUGAUGAUGCAUGAUGAAUGAAUGUGAUUUAUAAAAGUAAAAAACGUUGCAUUGUUUUGUAACGUGUUGAUAUGAGUCACGUGAUAAACACAAUUUUGUAAGAUAAAAUGUAAUGUCUGCGUGUUUACAGCCUUUAAAUUCAUUACCUGUGUUAUAGACUAGGUACGGUGUAACAAAAAUCUACAUAAUGUAUAAUGAAUAUUUAUGACUUAAAGCUCAAAGUAGUUUUGGCUUAGACCAACAAUGUAAGUAAUGAUUAAUUAUAGCUGCUGUGAUUUGGAAGGUACUGGGAAAAUUAUAUUGGGGAUGUUUGUGACGUCUCAGAAUUAUUAAGUCAGCCAGUGUUAUAUUGUCAUCAUUCUCUUGGGUUCUUUCGGUUAAGUCACGUAGAUAUAAAAUGAAUAGAUCACGACGUUUCGAUCGCAACACAAGCAAUCGUUAUCAGGUGAGGCAGUUCUCCUGCUGUUUGGAAAGCUUCAUAUCAAGAUUGUCAUUGUAUGCGAAAUGGUCUUCCCAUGCCAUCUCAUUUUCUUGUACAUAAGGAACAUAAAAAUGUGCAUAUGUACAUGAACAUUUAAAAAGUCCAACUGCUUGCACUCUGAUGCACUCUGUUUUCUGUUAUAUUUUUUGUCCACAUUGCCAGUCCUUUUUUUGCAGUGUCAUGAUUCAUGCUAUUUUUGGCAACUUGUAACAACUCGGCCAAGUUGUUAUAUGACUUGUUAAUUGAAUACAAUAACAAACAUGAAAUAUAAUUAAUUGCAAUGCUUUGUCAAGCCCCUGCUGGACGAUGGGCUCUCCAUCUCGUGUCAGUUGUUUUGGUCAUACUUCACAGGUCAGUCCAGGUUGGUGACACGGUAGCUGUGGCUGAGAAGUGAAAUCCAGUUGCUGGGUCAGUUGUGGAAUAUGCUGACCGCAGUGCCAUGAUCACUCAACAAUAAUUAACUGAUGCAUUUGGCAACUGUGCUUUGGUCCAGGAAUAGAUUUGGACCACUUUUAUUCCCAUUGAGCACGGUCAUCUUUUAACACAGUAGGUGAUAUCAAGACAUGUAUUUUAAACCAAUGUAAGCCAACUCAUUUGUACAACAGCACAAGUUAAACAUGACACGAUUUUGUAGAAAUGUCUGCCUUAAUAUUAACUUGUGUACAUUUAAUUUAAAGAAUUUUUUUCAUAAAUGUACACUUCCCUGGUCUCCAUCUCGAUAUGAUUGUGUUGAGCUGAUGUAUUCAAUGGCUAUCCACUUGGCAGAUUGAUACUGCACCUCAUCUGAACUUUGUUUUUUACACAACUGAAGGGCAUUUGGUUGAGUUGAUCCUUCCUAAGUUAUGAUAAAUCAGCUUGAGCUUUAAGCUCAGUAGCAAAGUAGAUACAUGCGUCUCUGAUAUUGUAGGAGUGGAUAAAAUGUAAGCUUUUUUUUGGAGGUGGUUCCACCUCAAUUUAUCUGCAAAAUAUAUAGUCUGUAUUUUGUUUGUAAUUGUCCAUUAUUAACAUAUUCAUCUGCAUAAUCCAUUAAGAUGGAACAUUUCAUUUGUAAGCAUGUCAAGUGAUGACUGCUUGCAUGAAUAUUGAGAUUUUGAUGUGUAUGGAUUUAGUAGCAAAUACAAAUCCUGGGAAUGUUCAAGAAAACCAAUUUAUGCACGUGUUAUCUUGAAAUGUUUGCUUUUUCAGAGCUAUUUUACAGAGCUCUGAACUUGACUGGGUUAUAAAUGUGUGUUUUACGUAAGAACCUAUGUGGUGGUACGGUACUAUGGGAUAUUCAUGUAGAUGAAUGGUCCAUCUGGUUUCCCAACAGCUUGCUGCUCCUGGUUGGUUAAUUCUGCUAAACCUAAAGUGAUGAAGUGUGAGGUACAGUAUAUAUAUGUUUCCCUCACGAUACAUUGGGCUACGAGCACUUGUUUGACUUAAUGAAAAGUAAACUAUUUCCAUUACAUUGCAGGGGAAAACAUUUGAAAUGGCUUUUUGUUUUGUAAGCUAUAUUUAUGAUUUUUUUGGUUUAGUGUUUUGUACGAUAGUAUUACUGUGUUUGGAAACAAAUUAUAGCUUCCUAAAAUAAUUAAGCUAGCUCAUGUUGUAUAAGACUUCUGAUCAUCUGCUCUCCAUGGUUAAAUUGAUUGCGUGUUGAGAAAAUUAAACUUCUCACUUCACUGUAUCAAAAGUAGUGGCAUAAAGGAUAAUGUCUUUUUUUUACACUUGUCAAUUUCAGCUACGUACUAGUAACAUCUGCAACUCGUGAGCUCUGUACUGUUAACCGUAAAUGUACAGUUUUUUUUUUAAGUCUUGCCUUACUGGCUGCAACAUGCAGUGACUGCAAAUGUCAUGUUUGUCAUCGUGGCAUUGAAUUGUCAAUAAAUCCUCCAAUGAGCCCA